UCACCCCAGCCCUGGCUCCUGAAUGGAAAGCUGUGAUCUGCUUUCAGAUUUGGAAUCCGCCCCAGAGGCCCCAGGAACUCCUGCCUGCUGUCCUUCACUGGACCAUUUACUGCUAAGGCUGGAAAGAGAGGACUCAGGCACUUUCGCAAAUGAACUGAGCAGCAAGGGGGUGGAGGGUGUUGAAAGAAGAUUGGAGGGCUACCCCAUAGGCAACUGGGCCUGCUCCACCCAGAAUCCCCCUUUUUUUCCCCUAACCAGGUGAUAGGCUUAGUGGCAGUCAUCCUAUGUAAGGUCCAUCUGACAAAUCUAUUUGGGGUUUAAGCUGAAAUAGCAGGAUGGACCCUGCUGCUCCUGCUGCUGUGGUGCCUGUCCCAGACCUGGCCUUGGCCCUACCACCAGUUUCCCAGGAACUCCCUGGCCUGUUACACCCAUCACCCCUUCUCUCUUCUGGACAAGAAAUACCUGGGAGUGAAAGAGGAGCUUGUCUUUGGAGGCCCUGGCUGUCCUCCACAAAUGACCCCCCAAAACAGGCUGCUGGUGGGGUAACGGCCGCUGAGGCCACCAAGGCUGACUCUGAAUUCCAUCACCCCGUCAGGCUCUUCUGGCCGAAAUCACGCUCCUUUGACUACCUGUAUAGUGCUGGGGAAAUUUUACUGCAGAAUUUCCCUGUUCAGGCCACUAUCAACCUAUAUGAGGAUUCUGACAGUGAAGACGAAGAAGAAGAGGAGGAGGAGGAGGAUGAAGAGGAGAAAGAGGAGGCUAAUAAAAAGGGGCCAGAAGGGUGUGUGAGAGUACCAGGGCCUGCACCACACAGGGCCACAGCUCCUCCUGUCCAAACUGAAGCAGUCACUGAUUGGCAAGUUUCCAAUGGCCUUUCCAAGGGACAGCUUUCUGGACUAAAAACUGGGUCCUCAAGCUGCCCAGCUCAUCCUGGCUUACCCAACUAGCUAGUGAACUCAGGCCCCUGGCAUGUCAUUGUCUGGGCUGAUGACAGGAUUCCUAGGAGCUCUAGGGAAAGGAAAACCUGUUUCUGAAGCCCCCAGGAAGCAGAGCAGGGCAGGGCAUGCCCUUGUGGAGGAGAACAGCCACUUCUCAGGGCCUUUGACAACCAAGCCUUCCCAGGUGGCCACAUAAGUCCAGUCUCUCCCAUGGGAAGCCUGACUUCUGACUUUACCUCCAGGGACACCAAUACCAAAUCCAAGCAAAUUUGGGGCACCUUUCUGAUGAGUCUUGUAGGAAGACAAGGAGGCAUCUAGAGAAUCAGCUUGCUCUGGGGACUCCUUCCCCCAUUUUGCUUGCUCUCCAUUGAAAUCUGAGUGUUGGCAUGAGAUGAAUCAGGAGAAAAAUAAACUACAUGAUGUUUGCCUUUUUCUUGGAA